GCCAGGAAAGGACGCACCGGCCAUUAUAUCCUCCGAGAAAGUCCGAUUAUUACUUAAGGUCAAUGAUGUUUCCAUAUUAACAAAAUCUCUAUCUCUUCGAAUGACACUUUCAUAGCAAACGAAUUUCUACCUUCCCAUAAUGGUUGCUUUGCCAAAGCAUGGCCAUAUGCUGGUUGCUUUACGACAACAAGAUAUUAACGUUUACUAUGUACCGCUUGCUGCUUUCGCUUUCACCAUCUUUUAUGGCUUCGCACUAGGAAUAUAUCGACUUUAUUUUCACCCCUUGGUAAGUUCAAUUGAAAGUCAAUUCAUGGCCAAUUGACCUUAUUUCACUAUUGAACAGGCGAAAUUCCCAGGUCCUCGCUUAGCAGCUUUAACCAGAUGGACUGAAACCUACUACGAACUUAUUCAUGGCGAUGGAGGGCAGUUCGUCUUUGUCUACGCCAAAUGGCACGAGAAAUAUGGUAUUGGGAUCUUCUCGGGUUUGAGGCAACUUAAUUAAUUCAAUUAUACAGGUCCGAUCAUUCGCAUCAAUCCAGAUGAGCUACACGUCUCAGAUUCAUAUUUCUAUGACACUCUAUACUCUAGCACGACUCCCCGUGAUAAACUCAAAGCGCUUGAGAAACGUUUCGGUAGCGGUAUGGCUCUCGCUUCAACAACCGACCAGCACCUUCAUCGUAAGCGCCGCGCAGCCUUAAAUCCAUUCUUCUCGAGGCGCAAAAUCGUCGAUCAUUCCAACGUUCUCCAAACCCGGAUGAAUCGCAUUACCGAGAGGUUGCAAAACGAAUAUAUGGGCGUAUCGAGAGUUUUAAAUCUAAAUGAGAUGUGGGGAUGCUUUACAACAGAUUCCAUUGUAGGAUACUGCCUUGAAACCAAAUACGAUUUCAUUGAGACCCCUGACUUUCGAGCAUCCUUUACGAAGUCCAUUUUUGAGCUUAUUGAGCCUGUUCAUUACUUUACUCAAUUCCCAAUCCUUCGAAUUGCCGCAGAUUUGCUACCCGAGAGUGUUGUAUGCUGGUUACAGCCUCAGAUGAUACCAGUACUAAGGUUCAAUGAGGUGAGUGCAUCCUGUUACUUUCUGUCGAAAUGAGUCUUGGAACUAAAAAAGCGACCUGUGAUAGGAAAUGGCAAGACAACUAAAAUUUAUUCUCAAUUCCAGAGAGCUGGGCGAUAAAGAGAAGCAACCGUCUACUGCGGUAUUCCGCGGUAUUUUUGAUUCUAAACUUCCACCAGAAGAGUUGAGCCCCGUUAGACUUCAACAUGAGAUCCAGAGCAUCAUCGGCGCUGGAAUCGAAACCACAAUGCGUGCUCUAAGCGUGGUCUGUUUCCAUGUUCUCGCAAACCCCCCCAUACUACAACGGCUCCGGGAGGAACUUGACAGGGAGAUGCCGGACGCCAGUGAAAUAGCUCACUAUGAUAAGCUUGCUCAGCUCCCAUUUCUAAGUGCUUGUAUCGAAGAAGGUUAGUUUUCUUGUUUUGAUGCCCUGAUGCCAGCGUCGCGCGAUUCUAAUUUCCUAAAAUCAGGGCUUCGAUUAUCCUACGGUGUCUCCCAACGCUUACCGAGAGUUAUCACUGGUGCUGCUUUGCCAUACAAAGAUUCAGUUAUUCCGGUUGGUGCGACAGUUAGCAUGGAUGCCUUCCUCGUGGCGCAUGAUGAGGAGAUUUUCCCACAAAGUUAUAAAUAUCAACCUGAACGCUGGUUAAACAAUCCAGUUGCACCUGAUGGGAAGAAGUUAACGCGAUAGUAAGUAAAUUCUUUUUGUUUCUCUUUGUUAGGCCACCAAUUCUCCCUUGAGCAUAACUUCAUAAGAAGUUCAGAAAUCAUACGCGAUUGCAAACCAGUGGGGUUUUAUGCUGAUUCCCUACUUUCUAGCAUGGUAGCGUUCAGCCGUGGAGCACGUGCAUGCAUCGGCUUGCAACUUGCAUACGCAGAGUUAUUUAUAGGAAUUGCAACAAUGUUUCGAAGGUUUGAACUCGAUCUGUAUGAGACCGACCGUUCGGCUAUAGACUUCCAUAUGGAUAGGUUUGUGCCGAAACCAAAACCGGGGACGAAUGGUGUACAAGUCUUUGUAAAGUCUGUAAGAAGUUAGAUGUGAUGGAGG